AUGGCGGGUGGUAUAUCUCAGCCUCCAGGUGAAUUCCAGUGGCGCGCAGACUGCUGUUGCUGCUGCGGUCACGGCGUCCCUGCAGACGUUCUGCUCGAGUACGCGCGAGGCAUUCCCAAAGUGGAACUGCAUGUUCAUGUGGAAGGUACCUUGCAGUUGGGCAUGGCCGUGAAAAUAGGGGAAAAGAACGGCGUCCCAGUCGAGGGCACCGGCGCGGUUUCUGAGGAAGAUAGCGGGGCCUCCGGCACGGCAUUUGGCGAUCUGGACUCUUUCCUCGCGGAGUACGUCAAGCGCGAGAAGGUCCUACGCAACCGCGAGGAUUUCUUCGAUUUGGUCCUGAGCUACCUCGAGGCCUCAGCCGCCCUGAAUGUCAAGCAUGUCGAGUUGUUCUUCGACCUGCAGUCGCACAUCAAGCGGAUGGCGCAGAAGGAAGUCUUGCAAGGAAUUUAUGAUGCAUGCUGCGAGGCCGAGAAGCGCUGGGGAGUUACAUCGAAGAGAAUUAUGUGCUUCGUGCGCAACCUCCCGGUCGAGGACCAUAUCCGCUGCCUGGAGGAGGUACAGCCGUAUCUGUCCAUGAUCGACGGCGUUGGUCUCGCGUCUUCGGAGAAGGGCAACGAGAACUACAAGUUCGAAGCCGCAUUCGAUUUGGCUAAGAAAAAGGGGCUUCCGUGUGUUGCACAUGCAGGUGAAGAAGGCCCCGCCAAAAACGUUGUCGACGCGCUGAGACUGAAUCACGCGACUCGCAUUGAUCACGGCACCGCGUCAGUGCAAGACGCGGGACUGCUGAAAUACCUCUUGGCUAACCAAGUGCCGCUGACUGCCUGCCCGCUGUCGAACGUAUGCUUAGGCGUUUGCAGGGGAACGGAAGAACACCCGCUCUUGCGUUGCUCGCCGCAGUGUGGCGUGGCGAACAAGGACACUGCCACGAAAUUGCAGGCUCAACGCGACCAUCUCCGGCGCGCGCAGCUCGAGAAGCUGAAAGCUGCUGCGGAGAAGGACCCUAAAUCGCUCGCAGUCGCGCCGAAGCCAGUUGUCUUGGCUUCCUCUACGGAAUCGGAGUCCUUGCUCGGGGGUCUGGCGGAAUUUGACAACUUACUUCCUCUGGGCACCAGGAGAGAGACCGGGAGCCGGAUCGGCAUCCAGUUCGAGGGCCUGAUUGAUCAAGGUCUUCAAGUCACCAUCAACAGCGAUGAUCCCGCGUACUUUGGUGGAGACAUUUGCGAAAACUUCCGCUCUAUCAUCGAAACAAACAGGCUCGGACACCAGAGUGGAACCGCCGGAGGAGCUGCCAAUGGAGCCCUCCUCCGCGAGAGCUUGCACUGGCGGUUGGGCACGAUCAAAACGGUCGUACUGAACUCCGUCUACGCUGCCUUCCUCCCUCUCGACAAAAAGAGGCACCUUGCUCAAGAAGUCGAGAAUUUUGAUGCAGAAUUCAGGAAGAAGCACAACAUUUCAAAUGAAGUAUGGAGCAUUCCUCCGACAAUAUGA